CUACUGGAGUCAUCAAAAUAGCUUACGUGCAUGUUCCACGCCUAAACUGCCUUGACUUUUACCUAAAAUGGUUUCGAAUAAAUACUGUUUAAUACUUGCCGUUUAUAUAUGUAGAUCACAUCGUUGUUAUUUAUAAAGGCGGUGUGACAUUUGAUAGUUCAAAUGUGAUUUUGGAAAAUAUUGUACAUUUUUCCUUAUUACAUCUUCUACUGUUGUACUUGUAUGGUCACUAGUCAGUGAACAGCUUCGACGGCCGGAAAACGUGUGCCUUCUCUACAGGAACUUCAACUUAACAAUACAAGGUAUAACUCUUCGCCCAGAUGUACAAAACGCUACCAUUGUACGCCUUGCUGGCGUGCGCCUGCGCACAGACCGAAGAUCUGGAGUCUAGUACCCGUCAGAUAUCCGAAGUUCCCUUCACCAGCCCCACGACGCAAGCUUCUAUAGACAACGAAACGCCAUCGACCGUGAUCCCCAGCGUUCCGCAAGCGAAUACGACCGACUUGUCGUGCACACUGGACGACGGACAGGUGGGCGAGUGUGUCACCUACUACUUGUGCAACACCAGCAACAACACCAUCAUCAUCAACGGCACCGGGGUCAUCGACAUUCGUUUCCGCGACGGUCCCUGUCAAUCGUACAUCGACACAUGCUGCCUGGUGCCCGAGAAGAGGCCGGACACCGACCCCAUCAUACCCAAGCCAGACCCCGUCAAACCCGAGCGUCAAGGCUGUGGCUGGCGCAACCCUGAGGGAGUAGUCGUCCGCACCACCGGCGACACCGACGGCGAGACCAAGUUCGGAGAGUUCCCCUGGAUGGUCGCGAUUCUUAAGAUAAAACCGGCGAACGAAAAUGAGCCAGACAGUCAGUACGUCGGCGGCGGGUCACUGAUCCACCCGAGCGUGGUGCUGACGGCGGCGCACUAUGUGGCGUCCGGGCCGCAGUUGCGCGUGCGCGCCGGCGAGUGGGAUACACAACACGCCAAGGAGCCCUAUCCCCACCAAGACCGCGAUGUCUCCCGGAUUGUCGUUCACAAGGACUUUAAUAAAGGCAACCUGUUCUACGACGCGGCGCUGCUGUUCCUUAAUUCGCCGAUGGAUCUGGCGCCCAACGUGGGACUGGUGUGCCUGCCGAAGGCCCGCGAACUCGUAACCCCCGGCACGCGCUGCUUCGCCUCGAGUUGGGGCAAGGACAAGUUCGGCAAAGCUGGCCGCUACCAGGUUAUAUUGAAAAAGAUUGAAGUGCCUGUAGUGGACCGCAACACGUGCCGUGACCAGCUGCGCAAGACUCAGCUCGGGCAAUUCUUCGAGCUGCACUCGUCGUUCAUGUGCGCUGGCAGAGAACCCGGCCGCAACAUCUGCGAGGGGGACGGCGGCUCCCCGCUCGUCUGUCCUAACGAGUACGAGAAGGAUCGCUACGUGCAGAAGGGUAUCAUGGCGUGGGGCGGGUGCGACGACAACGACACCCCCGGCGUGUAUGUGAAUGUGGCCAACGUGCGGGAGUGGAUCGACGACAAGCUGCUAUUCGUAAACUACGAUGUUACGGUUUACGAACUUUAAGACCGAACGCGGGAGUUCAGCUUCUAUAGCGUUUACAUCAAUAAUAAAAAUUAGGAAGACACGUCCACAGCAAAAUUCUACCAGAACGACUUUCUAAUUAUUUAUUGACCUGAAUUAUAAAUGAAUUAAAUUGGUUGUUACAGGAG